AAGUCACGUGACACGUUCUUUUCCCCCUCGUGUAAUUUAGCAAAAUGAGGGUUCGUGGUGAGUUGAAACAGUAUAUGGUCUAUGGGCGCCAUACGCCAUCUGGAAAGAUGACUGACCCUCCAAUUUAUAAAAUGAACAUCUUUGCACCAGACAGGUGUUCAGCUAAAUCACGAUUCUGGUAUUUUGUCAAAAGUUUGAAGAAAGUGAAGAAAGCUCAUGGUGAAAUUCUGCAAUGCAAAUUGAUUGGUGAAAAGAAACCAACACAGAUAAAGAACUAUGGUAUCUGGUUACGUUAUGUGUCUAGAAGUGGUAUUCACAACAUGUACAGAGAAUACAGAGAAUUAACAGCAGCUAAAGCUGUCACAUCCAGCUAUCGUGAUAUGGGUGCCCGUCACCGAGCCAGGCCAUCAUCUAUACAGAUCAUUCGAGUUAAACAAGUUGAAAAUGAAAAAGUACGAAGACCCAACAUCAAACAAUUUAUUAAACCGAAUGUGCGAUUCCCUCUGCCUCAUAGAGUUAAUCAUAAGCUUUAUGUACCACGAUUCUCUACGAAACGACCACAAACUAAAUAUUAACUGUCGUCUUGUAUAGAAAUAAAAGUGUCAUAGAGGGA